AUGUUUGAAGAAUUAACGGGAUUUUUUAAAGAAUUCUUAGACAACAAAUUUCAAUAAAUGGAAUUAAAAAUAUAAGAUAUACAAAAAUAACUCUUAUAAAAUUAAAGAGAAUAAGAAAGCAUGUUGAUUGUUAAGAUAGAAAAAGUAUUUGCGGAUUAAGACAGCCUAUAAAGUUAAUUUUAAUCUCUGCUAAAAGAAAUUGAAGUAGCAUAAAAGUAAGCUGAUGAAAUAAUAGAGAAAUUUUCAUAAUAAGUACCUACUACUAAAAUUAAAUAACAAUAAUCUCUGCCUAUUUAGUAAAAUUUUCAAUAAAAUCUCUUGAACCUAUCAUCCAUUGAUCUGAAAGAUCAAAGCUAAAUUAAUAGUAUUGAUUAUUCCCAUAGACCUUCAAAUAUUCCUAUUUAACAUACAGGAAAACUAGAAAUAACUAAUCCUAAGGUAUCAAAAUUUGAUGAAAAUCAAAGUAUAGUUUUUAAGACUAAGUCAGGAAAAAAAUACCAUCGUGCAUAUUGUGGUUAUCUAUCAGAUUCAAAAAUUCCGAUAACCUUGAAUGAGGCAAAGAAUAAAUUGACUGAAUGUAAAAUAUGUAAAUCUUGA